AUGACCCUCAAGACGCAGAGGGAGUCGUGCAGCCUGCUCCCCUCAUCCAUCGCAGCAGCCGUGGUUUGGACAGACUGCCAAAUACUGGUGCAAAAGAUCGUCGACAUGGGAUUUACACAGGAGCAGGCCAAGUCGGCUCUUGAGAAGCAUGGCUAUGACGAGACCACUGUCUGCGUUUCUGAGCGUGUGCUGCCCGCCAAGGCUUUGAACUCCCUCCUGGACAAUGCAAGAAACCAGCGCUCGAAUCGCUCAGUCGAGCUCCAGCUCGGGCAUGGCUCUGACAAUUUGGUCAUUGUACAAAAUGUGCAGCCGUUGCAGCUGGACGUAGUCGCAUCAUCUCGAACUUCAGCGACAGCCGCCAGAGACUUCCUCAGCCAAUUCUACGCAGCAUCGGAGUACAGCUACAGACGUCGCGAAGACACAGGAAGUGUGCUAGAUUUCCGCGGGCUGUGCUCCGUGGGCAAAGGCGCCCUUCCAACUCUGACCAGAUGCUUUGCUGACUGCGAAGCGGCGAAGCGGCCAGGCCUCAAAGUCGUUACCAAGAUGGCCGAGAGCCCAGGCGAACCAAGUAACUGCGGAUGGUCACUGUAUCUUGAUGGCGAGGUAGUGACCCUGGCAGAGCGAAAAGCCGCCCAGCGGGCAGAGACCCUCCAGGCACUUGCUGACAGGUGCAAGCAGAGCGAAGGCAGAGCGUCAAAAAUGUGCCAGGGCUUGGCCGUGGGCCUCCUCGCAGACCUGAAGACAGCCUGUGGAACUGCGCACGAGCUCGGGACUUGGGGCACCGUCGUUCCGGGAGUAUUUGCCGGAAGCGACGAGGACAUGGAUGACGUUCUGGCCAUGCUGGCAACUCUGAUGGCAGAGGACAGAAAGUCGACCAACCUGGGCUUCCAAAAGAUCGAGUGGUGCAAAGCACAAGCGCCCACUCAGUGGGUUGAGCAGCCCUCCCGCUUCGGAUCUCACAUGCACAUUCGGGUGCAUUGGAGUGAUGCAGACGCGGCCUACUUUGGAUGA